AUGACCGUGUGCGUCGGGAGCAGCAAGCAGCGGGAGCUGCCGAAGCCGAAGUGGUCAAACAAUGCUUGCAAUGAUCGGUCAGUCGAUGGAUCGAUCGAGUGGUGGCGCAGCGCACCACCCGAAGACAGCCUUCGGACGGUUGACGCCUGGAUGAAUCAUCCGGUGAAGCGAUUUCGACCAAACGAUGAAUCCAAAUUGUCCCAGCAAAUGCGAGGAAUGGAUCUGUACGCAGAUCAGAAACACUCGGAAAAGUAUUUGCAGUCACUGCAGAAUACUGCUCCGGAUGCAGUGAAUCCCACCAGGCAAGAUCAGCAGGACCCUUUGGCAUUGCCGGAAGACGCGGAUCAUGCGACGGGUCUGCUGAGUGAAAGCCAAAUCAAAACAGAAAUAGGUUGUGAGCGAGGCGACGAUAAUGGUCCAAUGCUGGGAGCGCACGAGAUUAAAAAGGAGAAAGAGGACAAGGACGAUCUGUUUACGGAGCAAGGCCUUCAACCGGGUUUGGAUGAUCUGGAUCAGUUGUUUGAUGAUAGCGCCAAUUACCAUGACGAUUCAGAUAUGCACGUCAAUACGAGUCCAGCAUCGACCAAAAGUGGCGGAGGCUGCAUGGAAGAUUUGAAAAGAUUUUCCGGGUCGGGUCACCACACAAUGAACCCUGGUAUGUUUAGCCCGAAGGAGCUGUCGCAGAUGUUUCCAACCCCGCCUAGUUUAGAGCACCAUCCAAAUUCCAGCCCCGGCGGAGGUGGUUGCAUGUCGGACGGAAUUAUGAUAGACACGAUGAUUGAACCGGCCGCAGCAAUUCCAGUUCUUGGAAGUCCACAGGAAGAGCCAAUCUAUGAUUGGACGUACGUGUUUGUUCCACCGACUAUCUCCAAGAACGUGGGAUCUACCAAGUACGCUCCACUUCCUCAGCUUCCAAGCCAAUUGAUGCAACCCCCUGUUCCCCAACCUCCUACGUACAAAUCUAGUUCGCAGCUUCGGAAGGAGAAACAAGAACGCGAAAAACUUAUCAAACUGCGAGAAAUGCAGGAACAGCAAGAAGCCCUCCAACAGCAGCAAGCUCAGUUGGAAAACAUUCCACCAAAUGCCGGUGCUGCCGGUAACCUUAUUCCAAAACAGGAAACCCCACUAACCGUACCACAACCGCUCAGCACACCAAAUUCUCUUAGCUUCAAUGGCGCUAACCAUCCGUACUCAAACCCACCUUCGCAGGGACCACAGCCCCUAUCGAGGCCACCCUCAGUGAACUCUCUUCCAGGCGGAAUGAUCGGUUCUGGCGGGAACCUCAUGAGUCCUUCACCGAUCCAUAACGGACUUAUGAACAAUAACCUGUUCCAUCCGGGCAUGGGUAUGAACGUUCCGCUUCGGCAAGGCAUGUCCCCAAUCUCUCCGGCUACCCCAGGAGGCGCCACACCGGGAAGUGGUUCAAUGCGUGUUCCAACUCCUCAAGGUUCCUGUCCCCUUCCGUACCCAUCGCCCAUUGGUGCCAGUGGCGGUUCCAUGCCCAUCAACAACAUUGGCAGUCCUUUCCGGCGAACGCCAAUUCUUCCACCUCCACCGUACGAUGUCGCCGUGGCAUCUCCAGCUACCUCCACCACCUCGUCAUACAAUAACAAACAGUUUGGAAUGGAUGACGGACCAGCAACGCCGUUAGCCGCCGGAAACACCACUCCUUCCCAGCGGAUAGCAAUCGAAACCAGUGCCCUCCUAGUGAACGUCCUUCUGUACGACACCUCGCUCAAUCUCUUCCGCGAUCAUAACUUCAACAGUUGCACGCUGUGCGUGUGUAAUGCGGGCCAAAAGUGCGUAGGAAACAUCCGUGGAGCCGAUUCCGGUCCAUAUCUGGCGCUUCCGGGCACGAGUUUCCUCGGCAGUGGGAAAGGUUCGACGCCUAGUGGUAGCAGUAGCGAACGGGAAGCAGCAAAAUCAACGCCCUCGUCGGUAUCGCAGUUUAAUGGGAACAAUCAUAACAACAACGGUGCCUUUGGUAUGGUGGAUUCACCAGCAGCUGGCGGUGGAAACUCUUCCGGUGUAGUGGCCAUCAGCACGAGCAAUCUUCAGAAUGGAUACUUAGACGAAGACCCGAUCAAAUGUACGUGCGGUUUCAGUGCGCUGGUGAAUCGACGGCUUGCCCACAGGGCAGGUUUGUUUUAUGAGGACGAACUGGAGAUUACCGGUAUGGCGGAAGAUCCGGCAGUCCACAAGAAGAAUUCGCUGCUUCAGUUCUUGCUUGGCAAGAUCAAUGACCACAACGGCAGCAGCAGUGGUAUCAACUGUGAUAUUUCUCCGCUACCACUUCGGAUCAUGGAUCUGUUGCGGCAGCACUGUGCAGUUAUUCAGAGUUCCAGUAAUUCUAUUCACCGAGCUGUGGCUCGUUUCCAAAGUGCAAUGACAGCCAAAAGUUUGGCCAACGUAACCGUACAUAUUCUGGAGUAUACCGAUGCUAAUGAUGUAAUCAGCUUGGCACUGGAACAAAGUCGAUUGCAGGCAAUUAACGAGAUAAAGCUGGAAGAUGGAAGUGCUCUUGCCAAAUCUGGACUGUUGCGAGGGGUGAUGAAUGUACACAAAUGGCCAUAUCUAAGAGCGGGAGGACCUAAGAGCAAUCAGGACAUUGUCAGAAUAAUGAAAUCUAUGCAACCGCUAUUACAGGAUGCCUUCCAUAAAAAGAGCAACACUCGUCUGUGGGAUGCUCCGUACACGAUACAGGGACCACUUACCUGGCGACAGUUCCAUCGAUUAGCUGGAAGAGGUACCGGUCAAUGCGAACCUCAGCCCGUUCCUUCAUUAGUCGUUGGCUACGAAAAGGACUGGCUCUCGCUAUCGCCUUAUGCGAUCCAUUACUGGGACAAGCUACUGCUCGAACCGUACUCCUAUCCUCGGGAUAUUGCUUAUGUCGUUGUGCUCCCAGACAACGAUUUUGUCGUAUCCAAAGUCAAAACCUACUUUAAAGAACUCAGUACAACCUACGAGAUGUGCAAACUCGGCCGGCACAAUCCGAUCAAGGGCUGGGACGGAAUCCUGCGCGUGGGCUCGAAUCGCGUCCUGAAGGAAACGCAAAACUCCAGCAUGGACGAGUGGUUCACCAGUUUGGGCGACACCCGGCUAAGCGAAAUGCUUCGACUGUAUGCACAAACGUGCCAACAACAGUUGGCACCCUACCUAUCCAAAGUUCCAUCGGAUAAGAGUUUACUCGAUCCACCGGAAAACCACAACGCAUCCGCUUCGGCACACGCUUUGGCCCUGGCCCAAGCCAGUUCCACACCCAAUCGGGACGGACCGGGGCAGAGUCCGAUGCCUCCACCACCGCCCAGUACGCCGGAUCCAUCGCAGCCGGGAGACAAGGCACCCAGCACACCGAAAUCCGAUAAUGACCAAGAAAAUCGUGAUACCCUGAACACAUCCAGUACGAGUCCAGCCGAUCGGAUGCAGCACGAUGAUGAUGGCAAGGAGCCGCCGCACAUCGUCCUGUACAUGGUGGAACCAUUUACCUGCGGAACUGAUGCACCGGAAAUCGAACGGCUCGCCUGUUUAUCGCUGCUUCGGUGCUAUUCGAACAUUCUGAACACGGUGCCGGACUCGAUCCGAAGUAACAUUAGCGUGCAGCUCAUCUCGCUGGAAAGCAUCAUGGAGCUGGGACGAAGUCGGAACCGGUUACGGCUGAGUGACCACAUGCGCAGUCAGGCGUUGAGUAUAUUUUCGCAGAGCCGUCGCUACAUGCAGCAUCUGAACAACGUCAAGAGUCUGACCGGUUUCGGAACGGCCGCUAACGCCGAGCAGUUCAUGAAGAACAAGGACGAAAAGAAUCGAGCUCCGUAUAAGCUGUACACCCCACCGUACGUGUUGGCCAAGCUGUGCGAGAAGAAGGAAAGUUCUGAAUCGUUCGGCCAAACCAGCAUCAAGCAGCAGUGUUCGAUCAUGUACUGUAACUAUUGCCUGAGCGAGGAUCAGUGUUGGCUACUGGCGGUGGCCACCGACGAUCGAGGGGAGUUCCUGGAAACUGCUACCAUCAACAUCGACAUUCCGAACCGCGUCCGACGGAAACGUGCUUCUGCGAGGCGGCUUGGACUCCAGAAACUGAUGGACUUCAUCUUGGGACUAAUAUCACAGACGGUGCAACCCUGGCGAAUCGUGAUUGGUCGUAUUGGUCGGAUAGGACAUGGCGAACUGAAGGGCUGGAGUUGGCUGCUGGGCAAAGAGAAUCUCCGGAAAUUGUCCAAGCAUCUGAAGGACAUUUGCCAGCAGUGUUCGCUGCUCCAUCCGGUCUCGGUACCGAGCAUCUUGAGUGCUUGCUUGGUGACGCUGGAACCGGACUCGGAGCUGCGCGUGAUGCCCGACCAGUUCACACCGGAUGAACGGUUUAGUCAGCUGUCGAUGCAAUCGCCACUGACGACACCGCAGGAUGUGACAUGCACGCACAUUCUGGUGUUCCCGACCAGUGCGAGGACACAGUCUGCCCAGUCGGCGUUCGUGGCGGAGCACAUCAACGAUGAGCUGGAGCUGACACUCGGAGGAAAUCUCGACGACUUGGGUCUGGGCGAAGACUGCGAUGAAGACGGUAUCAACGGGUUCGACGAUUUGUUCAACAAUUGGGAAGAUAUCGAGAUGCCACAGAAGAUGCCGCAGGAUUCCCGGCAGGGUAGUCCGGUUGGGCAGUUUGAGGGACAGCGACAGACGCCGGGCGAUAGUGGUUCAAACUGUGCGCAGAAUCUCAAUGGCUACACAGCGCAGGAGGCGGAAGAUGUCGGUUCCCUGGCCCAGCAACCGAUGGCCAUCGGGUACCUGGUGUCCACAGCUCCCACCGGUCGUAUGCCGCCCUGGUUCUGGUCAUCCUGUCCGCACCUGGAAAACGUGUGCCCAGUGUUCCUGCGGAUAGCGCUGCAUCUGAACAGCUUCCAGAUCCUGCAGAACAACGAUGAUCCGAUGAUGCAGUCGCAGUCCACCACGGAACAUCCGCUCGAUUCGAACAUGACGGCCGACGUGCUGCGCUUCGUCCUGGAGGGAUACAAUGUGCUCUCCUGGCUGGCCAUGGACUCGAACACGCACGAUCGGCUGUCCUGUUUGCCGAUGCACGUGCAAGUGCUGAUGCAGCUGUACCACAUGAUGGCCGCGUUGGCGUAAGACGCUCGGAGGAUUACGAACACCGUACGGAACCCUCCUCAUAUUGCUCUGUCUGUGAUAUUAGGUAAAAUGGUGGGUGUGUCUUUUGUGUAUGUGGAGGGUUUGCUUUGAAAGGGAUGGUUUUAGUUUGUGAUUGAACAGAAUAACGAAGUGGAGCCAAGAUCUGGUUUUAUACAAUACUGUAAGUUGUAUUAAUUUAUUGAAUCUAUUAUAUUUUUGUUUAGCCAUUUCCCCUAUGA